AUGCUCCAAAGGGCCACGGCAGACCUCAAUGAUGAAAACAGUGUCUACAUCCGAUAUCGUACCGAUGGGAGCCUGUUCAACCUAAGUGAUAUUUUUAUGUUUCUUAAAGAUGAUGACGACUUCCAGCCCUCUAAUAAGAGACGAAAAAGGACCAAGUCAACUAAUGAAGCUGGCAAUACUGGGAGAAGAAAAGUGGGAAAGUUCAAUUUUGAGAAAUGGAAUGCACGAAUUACAGACUUGAGAAGGCAAGUUGAAGAGCUAUUUGAAAAGAAAUACGCUGAAGCUAUAAAAGCAAAAGGUCGAGUGUCUAUCCCAUAUUCACUCUUCCAGUCAAGUGUGGAAGACUUACAUGUGAAAGGGCUGCCAGAAGGUGUCCCCUUCAGGCGUCCAUCAACGUACGGCAUUCCCCGGCUGGAGAGGAUACUUCUAGCAAAGGAGAAGAUUCACUUUGUGAUUAGAAGGAAGGAACUUCUGAAUUCGACAGAUGUUCCAGUGGACAAAACAGCUACAGGAGUUUCAAAUACAGAAAAAGAGGAGUGGCAUGGCAAAGUCACCAAACUGAGAAAGAUAGUAGAUCAACUCUUCUGUAAAAAGUUUGCCAAGGCCUUGGGGAGCACUGAGCCCAAAGUUGUUCCAUACAAGAAAUUUGAAGCUCAUCCAAGUGACCUCUAUGUUGAAGGGCUGCCAGAGAACAUCCCCUUUAGGAGUCCCUCCUGGUAUGGAAUCCCUUGCCUUGAACAAAUAAUUCAAGUGAGCAAGAGAAUAAAAUUUGUGAUCAAAAGACCAGAGCUGCUAACUCUCACUUCAACUGGAGUUACUCAGCCCAGGUUGAAUUCAACAGAGAAAGAAAAUUGGAAUGCCAAGAUCACAAACCUAAGAAACCAAGUAGAAGAGAUAUUUAGUAAGAAAUUUGCCCAAGCUCUGGGGACUUCAGAGACAGUGAAAGUUCCCUAUUCUCUAUUUGAGUCAAAUCCUACAUAUUUGUGUGUUGAAGGCUUGCCAGAUGGAAUCCCCUUCCGGAGUCCCACAUGGUUUGGAAUUCCACGCCUUGAAAGAAUUAUCCGUGCAAGUGACAAAAUCAAAUUUGUUAUUAAAAAGCCUGCGCUUGUCGCUUCCUCUUUGCCUCGAAAACUGGCUAGUAAAAUAAACCAAAAAGAAAGGAGUCCAGGGAGUUCCCAAAGGUCACCAAGUCCCGCAGGCAAUUCAGAUGUCCCAGAGAUUGAAGUUACUCUUGAUGAAAGUCCCAGUAAAGAACAAACGACAAAUACUCAAACUAAUUCUCGAACCAAUGGCUCCAAUAUAAGUUCCAAGCCACAAGGAAAAGACUUCUCCUUUCAGGCAUGGAAUGAGAAAAUUUCUGUGUUAAGGCAGAAAGUCGAAGACCUUUUUAAUGAAAAAUGUGGGGAAGCACUAGGACUCAGUGAACCGGUGCAGGUGCCAUUUUCACUGUUUGAAUCCUUCCCGGAGCUUUUCUACGUGGAGGGACUACCUGAGGGGGUACCUUUCCGCCAGCCUUCAACUUUUGGAAUUCCAAGACUAGAGAAGAUCCUGAGAAACAAAUCUAAAAUAAAAUUCAUUAUUAAAAAGCCUAAGAUGCUGGAGGCAGCUAUUAAAGAAAGUUCUGCUAGAAGCCCCCAAAAUGAUGAAAGUGAGCGACUGUCAAAAGUAGAAAUGGCCAAACAAUUGAGAGAGCAAGUAAAUGAUCUUUUUAGCCAGAAAUUUGGUGAAGCCACUGGUAUGAAUUUUCCUGUGAAAGUUCCAUACAGAAAAAUCACAGCCAACCCUGGCUGUGUGGUGGUGGAGGGAAUGCCUCCCGGCGUGGAGUUCAAAGCACCCAGUUAUCUGGAAAUCAACUCCAUGAAGAAGAUUUUGGAAUCAGCAGAACUUAUCAAGUUUACUGUUACUCGACCAUUUCCAGGACUUGUGAUUAACAAUCAUCUGAUGGAAGAAGCUGAAGCUGAAGCAGAAGCAUCACCAACAGCAGCAGCCCCGGCAUUACCAGAGCCAGCUGAAACAACCAGAAUAGAAGUAUCUCUAGGAGAUAAUACAGAAAAAGAAGAAAAUUCUCAAAUAAAGCAAGAACUACACUGAAUGUCGUAGACAUCACCAGUACCAGAAGCAUCCGGUUCUGAGAAGAGCUUGCUGGGCCUGUCUAGAGCUGUGUAAUAUAACUGUAUAAGAAAAGUACCUUCAAUACAAACCCUUUUGUAUAAGAGAAAUACCUUCUAUAUAAACCCUUUUGUAUUUUUAAAUAUCAAUGUUUACUUUUUCAGCAGUUCUGUGAAUUGACUAAAGCAAAGAAUGACUGUAGAUUUGGAAUGGCUGCUUUUACUUUGGAAUAUAUUUUAAGGACUAAAUAUGAUGCAGCAAUGCUGGGGAGAUGAUAGGGAUUAAAAUGAUUAGGGACUUAGCUGAGGCUGUUUACAUUUCCCAGUGCAGCGGAAUUUCACGAUACCUGAAUGCAUCUCAGCUUUUCUCAUGAGGAAAAAUUUCUGUAAAGAGUUCACUUUAUUUACUAUGGAAGAAAAAAAAAAUCAUUCAUUUUCAGUUACUAUUUUAAUGGUUAAUUGGACAAUAGUGUCUGCAUAUUUGAACUGAUUUUUCCUGUUAUUCCUGUCACAAUUCUUAUGUUUUUCCUAAAUAAAAGAUAAACUGUUUCAUUUGA